CUGAUAACAUCUAUACGGCACUUGAAUCGUGCGUUUCACUGUUUUACAGGUUUGAUAAAAGCCAAAGAUCUUUAGGCGUCGUCUAUGGAAGCGAUCAUUAUUUACCUUUUGCCAGGGCUCUGAGCAGUGAUAUGAUGAAACUCCCCCCGAUUGCUUUCCUCAUCAUUCUCCUUGAUAAAUGUUGCGGACUCUUGGAGCUGCAGGACAAACUCUUCAUCAAUCUCACGAAUCCAGCUAUUUAUAAUAAACGAACACGACCAUCCUAUAUCAUAGGUCUUCCAAUCCUAGUGAGAAUCAAUGCUGUGAUACAACGCAUGGACGGGAUGGACGACGUUCAUACUGAAUACGAGUCGGAUGUGGAGUUCACUCUGCGUUGGAGGGACGAUCGAUUGGAAUACAAGCCUGGAGUUCUCCUCAAUUUCCCGAUCCAGGGGGAUCAUUGGCACGCGAAUGAGAUCUGGCUUCCGAAUAUCCACGUGGCAAACGACAGGCAGUACGCCUCGCUCAUAGAUCUAACCCCGGGAAGUAUUCACUUACUCGUGACACCGACAGGAGUUCCAGGGCCCUCGAAGCGGUACCACGCGCGGAACAUCUUCAUUGAUUUCGAUAUCGAUUUUCUUGCAGGCGAAGUCGUUCUCUCGAAACGAGCCCAUCUGAAGUUGCGCUGCGAGAUGGAACUGUCAAAAUAUCCGCUAGACAAGCAAAAGUGCGGAAUGUCGAUCGAGAGCAGCUCUCUACCCAUAUCGCACCUCAGGAUUCAAUGGUCAGAACGGCCGGGCUUAUUGCUAGCGGACCCGUCACAUGCUAAGGGUUUCUUAGUUCAGAACUACUCGACCUACGAAGGGAUCAACCAUCGCUUAGUGGGGAAUUUCUCAAUCGUGACGUCGGAGUUCGUGUUGGCCAGGCAGUUCGGACCAUUCCUCUUGGAUAUUUACAUCCCUGGAGUCCUUUUCGUCAUAACCUCUUGGAUCUCCUUGUGGAUGGAGAUCACUUCGGCUCCGGCGCGGAUAUCUCUCUCAAUAACGAGUAUGCUCACGAUGGUUACAUCUGGGAAAUCGAUCCGCGAAAAACUUCCGAAAGUUCCUUAUGUCCACGCUUUGGACGUCUGGCUUCUCGUCUGCACAGCUUUCAUUUUUCUCGUGCUCAUCGAAUACGCCAUCGUGAACUACGUAUACAAUAGCGACAAGCGCGUACGGCAAGGUGGCCUUCGUCGCAUCGAUUCCUGUGUUUCCUUGGCGUCGUCUAUUUAUCCCAACAGCCCGGAGAGCGUCAAGCCAGUUGGAGAGCCGAUAUCGAAACGACGAGCGAAGCAAAUGGGAAUGGACCCAAUGAAGCCUCCUCAUUCUCCCUCGCGAGGGGGGAGCCUCUUUAAGUUCCCUCCUGACCUCGAAAUCCCACCUCCGAGUCCCAAUCCCGUUUCCAUGGAGAGAUCCCAUUCGAUAGUGAAAAUGCCUCUCACGAGCAGAGAUAUCGCGAAUAGGAUUGACCGCAUCUGCAGAUUUUUAUUUCCCCUCGCUUUCCUCCUUUUCAACAUCGGCUAUUGGACAGUUCUCGCUAUGUAG